AUGAACCGUUCAAAACGAAAUGUAUCGAACAAAGGUUGCUGCUUGAGCAAGACGGAGCUGGUGCUAAUUGUGCCGUGGUUGCUGGUAGCGACUGGUGUAAUCAUUUAUGCCCCGACACUGGAGGAAGAAGUGGGAAGUGAUUUGCAUAUACCUCAAUGGGAAGGCCUGGCUCUGCUUUCUAAGGCUGCCUACGCUGCUCUGCCGCGAACUCCGUUCUCCUCAAUGUUCGUCUUAUAA